UCGGUGCACUAGAGACCGGAAGUGAGCGUGUCCCGCGUGGUUGCGGCGAGAGGGACCCCGAGGAGGGCGCGAGUGUUAUGGGGAGACCCAGCAAAACUAAGAAUCAAAAGAAGGAGCGAGCAGCUUCCCAGCAUCGAUCUCAGGAGGAAUAUGGUUCUGUGCCUCACUCCUUUGUGUUUCAUCGUGGUCGCAUUGGCAAGAAUAUACAGCAACUCAUCCAAGAUGUUCGGCGAGUGAUGGAGCCCUAUUCUGCUACCAGCCUCAAGGUGCGGAAGAAGAAUUCUCUGAAAGAUUUUGUGACAAUAGCUGGACCUCUGGGUGUGACUCAUUUCCUGGUCUUCACAAAAAACCCCACCAGCAUCAACCUUAGACUCCUGCGCCUCCCUGGUGGACCAACACUGACCUUCAGAGUCACUCAGUAUUCGCUCAUCAAAGAUGUUGUGUCAUCUCUGAAACGGCAUCGGAUGCAUGAACAGCAGUUUAACCAUCCUCCUCUCCUAGUGCUGAACAACUUUGGCAUUGAGGGCAUGCACAUCAAGGUUAUGGCCACAAUGUUCCAGAACAUGUUUCCCUCCAUCAAUGUUCACAAAGUCAGUUUAAAUACCAUCAAACGCUGUGUCCUGGUCAAUUACAAUCCUGACACCCAGAUAAUGGAAUUCCGUCACUACAGCCUGAAAGUAGUGCCAGUGGGCAUGAGCAAAGGGUUGAAGAAGCUCCUGCAAGAGAAAUUUCCUAACAUGAGCCGCCUGGAUGACAUCAGUGAAUUGUUGGUGAGCUGCUGCUUUUAUUGUGCUCCACUGUUUCUAGACUUGUUCCCACAAAGCACAAAGAGGAGACGAAGGCUCAGCCAAUCCACCACGCCCAAGAAAAAGGGCAAAUACGUGCGUUCAGUGCAAGGUCAGAGUCAAGAGCGUACAGCGGGCAAAACCACCACGAAGCACAAGAAGGCUUCACAGCCUGGUAGGCAACAGAGGCAGCCACGAAGAGGCACUUCUCAACACUGCCGGGGGAAGCUGAGCCAGCAGCAGCAGCGGAGAAAUACAAGGCCGCACAGGAAGCCACAGAACCUGCAGCAGAAGCAACCCCAGGCUGCAGGACAGCCAAGAGGCAAAAGACAGGCUGGCUUUAGGCCUCCGGGAUCACGAUGGCAAGGAAAAUCUAGACUGGGGCAGAAGCAGGCCUUCAAAGGAAGAAGCACUUUCCGAAAAGCAAGGCAUUCAAAAGGGCAAAAGUCAGCAUAAUGUCCUGAGCUUCUUGCGUAGUCUUUAUGUGAUGUACUGGCUGUUUUAUAAAAUAUAUAUUGACUUCCA